UGGGGGUUGAAAUAGGGGUUGUGCAAUCAGUUUGACGACGAACGUCCGACAAGCAACGUGAAUUCACUAUCAAACUUGAUAUAAUUAAAUUUAUAAAAAAAAAAAAAAAUUUAAAAAACAACUUGUUAAAAAACAUUUAAAAUAUUUAUUUAUACUUGUGUUUUAUAAUUAUACUGUGGUUUUUAAAAGUUCAUUAACUCAUUUAGUCUCACAUGCAACAAGCACUGUGUGUAAUUUCGAAACUUAAUUAUUUAAUUUCGUUAAAUUGUGGUCGACAAAAGUUUAUAUAAUUUACAAAAUAAAAAACAGUUUAAUAAUUAUGUUAAAAAAUAAUAAUUAAAUUUAAAAAUUAAUAAUUUAAUUCAAUUUAAUAUUUAUUUAAAAAUAAUUUUCAAGUGGUUUUAAUUAUGGUGGAUAAAUUACACGAGUACCAGGGUUUAACUGGUAGAUUUCAUGGUUUUCGUGACAAGAUACAAGAAAAAUGGUCAGGAUGGAAAGAAUGGAAGGAUGGAAUUCCAACUGACAAAGGUAUAAGUGGUAUAUUUAAUCAUUUACGUGGUCCACCAAAAUUAGAAAGAAGUCUUGAUGAUUAUUCACAUGUUUACAGACAAAAAUCUAGAAAAGAAUUAGUAAGAGUAUCAGCAGCAGUUAUGGGAAUUGAAUUUUCUUAUGCAGCUGAAACAGCAUUUGUUUCACCAACAUUACUAAAAAUUGGUGUUGAUCAUCAACAUAUGACACUUGUAUGGGCAUUGAGUCCUCUUAUUGGAUUUUUUUUAACUCCAAUAUUAGGAUCAGUUAGUGAUCGUUGUCGUUCAAAAUAUGGCAGAAGAAGACCCUUCAUUCUUUUACUAUCAAUUGGUGUAUUUUUGGGGCUACUAUUGGUACCAAAUGGUGAAGAUCUUGGAUAUAAAUUUGGUGAUCCAUUACCACUACCAAAUCGUACUGUUCAUCUUGGUCAUCGUGUUACAGCUAAAGUUAUUGAUGACACACCAACAGCCCCAUCAUCUUCACAUAAUUGGGGAAUAUUUUUUACAAUAUUAGGAACAGUUUUAUUGGAUUUUGAUGCUGAUGCAUGUCAAAGUCCAGCACGUGCAUAUUUAUUAGAUGUAACAGUACCAGAUGAUCAUGCAAAGGGACUAAGUACAUUCACAAUAAUGGCUGGUCUUGGUGGUUUUAUGGGCUAUGGUCUUGGUGGAAUUAAUUGGGAUGUGACGAGACUUGGACAAGCACUUGGUGGUCAUGUUCAUGCAACAUUUACAUUGAUAACAAUAAUAUUUAUCAUUUGUGUGUCUUACACAAUAACAAGCUUCAAAGAAAUACCACUUUUUUUAUUAGAACGAGAUGAAUUUAAUGCUGCUCUUGAACAACAACAACAACAACAAAAGCAAGAUAAAGACAAUGAAUAUGAAAAAAUAACUGAUGAAGAAACAGCAUCAUAUGGAACAUUGCCAAAUGAAAGACAUGAUGAUUUAAUUUUAAAACAACUUUCGGCUGAUAAUAAGAGACAUGGAUCUGUUCCAAUGAUACCAGAAAUAAAUAUUGAUACAUCAUAUGAUAAUUAUGGUUUUGAUGACAAGGAUAAACCAGAUCCUAGAGCAACAUUAAUGGAAUAUUUAUUAUCAAUUAUUUAUAUGCCACACAGUGUAAGAAUGGUUUGUUUGACAAAUUUAUUUUGUUGGAUGGCACAUGUUUGUUAUUCAUUGUAUUUUACUGAUUUUGUUGGUGAAGCUGUUUAUGGUGGUAAUCCAAAGGCACCUGAGGGAUCUGUUGAGAGAGAGCUUUAUGAAUCUGGUGUUAGAUUUGGAUGCUGGGGAAUGUCAAUGUAUUCACUCUCUUGUGCAUGUUACUCAUUGAUUAUCGAAAAACUCAUUGCAAGAUUUAAGGCUAAAAAGGUUUACGUUUGUGGAUUGUUGUUUUACAGCACUGGAAUGAUGCUCAUGGCAUUGACUAAGCAUCCAAUUGGUGUUAUUGUUUUUUCAUGGACAGCUGGUGUUAUGUAUUCGACUUUAUUUACAAUGCCUUAUUUACUUAUUGCACAUUAUCAUGCAUCUUCAACGUUUGAAGUUACAAUGGAUGGAGAAGCAAUACAAAGUGGAAGUGUACGAGGACUUGGUACUGAUGUUGCAAUUGUAUCGUCAAUGGUUUUUCUUGCCCAAUUUUUAUUAUCAUGUUGUCUUGGUACAAUUGUCAGUGUAUCUGGUACAACAACAGCUGUUGUUUGUGUUGCAAGUACUCUUGCUGCAUGUGGUGCAAUUGCAGCAACUCAAGUCAUGUAUCUUGAUUUAUAAAAAAUUUAAAAAAACUACAUAUUAUUCCAAUUUAAAAUAAAUAUAUAAAAAAUUAAAUCCUUAUUAAUCAGUAUUAUAAAUUAAUUUAAUACUCGUAAGAAAAAAAUAUAAAUUAAAUUUCGAAAUACAAGCACAAAAAAAAAGAAUAAUUAAAUUCUGAGCAAAAAUAAAUAUAAAGAAUUUAUCUGUGUCUGUAAAUAUAAAAAUAAUGAUGAAAAAAAAAAACAUUAAUUUAAAUAUAAUCAAAUAAUUAAAACCAUCAAUAAUUGUUAAUUAUUAUUAUGAUUUUUUUAAAACUCAAUAAUUUAAAUGGAAAAAUUAUUUUAUUAAUUUUUACUUGUGUUUUAUUUUUAAAUUAUUUAAAAUAUUAAUUUUGGACGGAUUAUAAUAAUUUUUUUUUAACAAAAAAUAAAAUUAAUAAUCAAG